AUGCCCUCCCUGUCUCAACCUCGCAAGAUCGCUGAUGUGCUCGUCGGUCCUUUGGGAUACGGUCAGUCCCCGCGUCCCCUCACGUCAUGCCAUGUUCCCAAGCUCCGUCAUCGUCAGCCAUCUUCACUCAACUCAGUCGCACUGCAACUGACCUUGUUCUUUCUCCCACUCUAAUCAUCCUACACAACCUACUUCAUUAUCCCCUCAUGAUCCUCUCCAACUCCUUCGCAGGCGCAAUGAACAUGACGUGGAAACCCGAGGCUCAACACACCCCGGACGAGCAAGCGUUCGAGACGUUGAAGACCGCGAUCGAUGCCGUUCCCAAAGAGGCCAAGGCAUUCAUCAACUGUGAGCAUUUCUGUUUUCAGAUUGCACAUCGAGCAGCAACGCUUACCUCUGUGCUGAUCUGUUUUUUUUUUUCGCAGCCGGAGAAUUUUACGGACAACCGAAGAGGGAGUUGAACCUCGAACUGCUGGCAAGUCGGUACCUCCUUCUACGAGGGGCUUCAAGAAACACCAAGUCUUACCCUCUAUCGUUAUAACCAGGCCCGCUUCUUCAAGAAAUUCCCCGAUUAUUCGGACCGAGUCUUUCUCUCGGUCAAGGCCGGUAUGACGCUUGAGAUGAAACCCGACUCGAGCCUCGAGGCGCUUCGUGAAAAGUGAGCUCUCAUUUGAGUCAUCCCUCAGCUCACCUGAUUCUGCGGACUUGAGGGGACUAAACUAUCCCGAAUUUUGGGUUUGAUUAGCUGCAAGAACAUCAACAAGCACCUCGGUGGUCGCAAGAUGGACUUGUUCGAGCCGGCUCGUGUAGACACCACCCGACCGAUCGAGGAGGUCAGUGUUUGUCGAGGAUGAAGUUUUCAAAGAAGUCGUGAUGUGGUUCCCUAAGCUGACACAUCCCACCCCCCACCACAGACGAUGGAAAGUCUCAAGACGCUUCAAAAAGAAGGCCACUUUGCUUACAUCGGUCUAUCCGAGACCGCUCCGGCAACCCUCCGUCGCGCCGCCAAAGUCGGCCCCGUCGCAGCCGUCGAAGUCGAAUACUCCCCCUGGUCGACCCAAGACAUCGAAGGUCCCGACGGCAUCAUCGAAAGCUGUCGCGAACUAGGCAUCGCCAUGAUCGCUUAUUCACCCCUUGGUCGAGGCUUCAUCACCGGAACGAUCAAGAGUCGUGCGGAUCUCCCCGAAGGGGAUUCGAGAUUACAUCUGGAUCGUUUCUCGGAGGAGAACUUUGAAGGGAAUUUAAAGUUGGUGGAAAAGUUGGACAAGAUCGCGAAGGAGAAGGAGUGUACGGUCACGCAGUUGGCGUUGGCGUGGAACUUGAGUCAGGCCGACUUUAUUGUGCCUAUUCCGGGAUCGGUGAGUUGGAGGCGUGCUUCAGGAUGGAAAGAGUUGACAGGGGCCACUAGGAAACUCAAGCUCGUGAUCUGUCAUUAUCACAGACCCGACCCGAAGGCGUCAAAGAAGGUCUCGGAGCCCUCCAAGUCGACCUGAACUCACAAGACCUCGAUGCGAUUCGUGAAGUCGUCGAUAGCGUCACCAUCGUUGGAGGUCGCUACAACAAGCACAUCGAUGCUCAUUCAAUGAAGUAG